CUCCUGCAAGACACCCGCUUCUCCCUUGGGCUCCCGGCUCAGCUCAAAGCUGGACAGCUUGGCACAAGGACGCAGGAAGAGGCUGGAGGUGGAGGAGAUUGCCUCAGGACUGAACCUAAGCCCGGGAGAUUCGGUCUUUGAAAGAUGGGGGAGAGCAACUUCAUAGAGGAGAAAACUUAGGGGCACCCGCGAGUUUGCCCCAGGAGCAGGUUAGGACUUCGGAGAGCAACUGAGCCCAGCUCCUGGAGCUCCCCCUACUCUCUGGGGCGGUGGAGACGAAGACACUCUGGACCCCCGAACCAUCUUCACGCCAGCACCGUCGCGUGCUAGACCUCUUCGGUAUCUCGCCCCUAGGAGAAGGAGGGGCGCCGGUAGGGACGGGAGGGGCAGGACAGCUGGUCCGGCGCGCGCAACUCCCCCUCUCGUGAGUCUGUCUUAUAAAGAGCGCUUCCCGGCUGGUGGCCAAGCAGAGGCGAGGAGCGGAGCGCAGCUCCCGAAGACGCGCAGCGGGGUGCGUCUCGGCACGGCUCCUGGGUCACUCUCUGGUAGUCUGAACGCUAUGGCCGGAGCCCGGGGCAGCGGGCUGUGAGACAUUCGGCAGGCAGCAAAGUCAGCAAGACUCCUGCCCACCAUGGAGAGCCCCAGCGAAGCGGCAGAACCGGGGUCCCUGAACUGCAGCGCCAACUGGAGCCUGGAACUCUCCAGCAACCGCAGUUCUGUGCCCGUCCAACGCAACGAGGCCAUGGCCAAGGUGGAGGUGACUGUGCUGAGUGUGAUCCUCUUUUUGGCGCUGACCGGCAACCUGUGCGUCCUGCUGGCCCUGAGCACCACCCGCCACAAGCACUCCCGCAUGUUCUUCUUCAUGAAACAUCUCAGCAUCGCCGACCUAGUGGUGGCUGUGUUCCAGGUGCUGCCCCAGCUCCUUUGGGACAUCACCUUCCACUUUUACGGACCCGACUUCCUCUGCCGCCUCGUCAAGUAUCUGCAGGUGGUGGGCAUGUUCGCCUCCACCUAUCUGCUGCUGCUAAUGUCUCUGGACCGCUGCCUGGCCAUCUGCCAGCCGCUGCGCUCCCUGCGCGGUCAGUCGGACCACCUCUCAGUCCUCUGCACGUGGUUGGUGUGCCUGGUGGUCAGCGUGCCUCAGAUCCAGAUCUUCUCCUUGAGGGAGGUGAGCGAAGGCGUAUACGACUGCUGGGCGGUGUUCAUCCAGCCCUGGGGACCCAAGGCGUACAUCACCUGGAUCACACUGACUGUCUACAUCAUCCCAGUGCUGGUGCUCAGUGCCUGCUAUGGGCUUAUCAGCUUUAAAAUCUGGCAGAAUUUGAAGCUUAAGACAGCUCAUGAGCCCCGAGCUGCUGGGCCCUUGGCCUCAUCUGUUACCUGUGGGGCAGAUGCUAGCGAUGGGGCAGCUCUGUCUCGGGUCAGUAGCGUCAAGCUCAUCUCCAAGGCCAAAAUACGCACCAUCAAGAUGACCUUUAUUAUUGUCUUGGCCUUCAUUGUGUGCUGGACUCCUUUCUUCUUCGUUCAGAUGUGGUCUGUUUGGGAUCCCGAUGCCCCUAAAGAAACCUCUCUGUUCAUCAUUGCCAUGCUCCUGGCAAGCCUUAACAGCUGUUGCAACCCCUGGAUCUACAUGCUGUUCACAGGCCACCUCUUUCAUGAUUUGGUGCACCGUUUCCUCUGCUGUUCCACAAGUUACCUGAAGACCAACCCAGGGGGUGAGACCAGCGCCAGCAAAAAAAGCAACUCUUCCACCUUUGUCUUGAGCCGUAAGAGCUCCAGCCUGAAGAGCUUCACCCAGCCAGCUGGGGAGUGAAGCAGGACCCAGGCCUAGGGUUCUAAGGUCACUGGGCUUAACUUUGUGUUGCCAGGAAAUUUCUGACCCACCAUGGGUGUCUAUGUAUGAAUGUAUGUAUAUAUGUAUAUGUAUGUGAGCAUAGCUUCUGUAUAUAGAUAUAACUCUGGCCCAUCAUUGUGGGAAUAUGGCACCAGAAGGAUAGACCUAAUAGUCAAAGUGGUCAUCCCCUAUGGACAUUCUGUGCCCCUUCCUCUCUACUGAGCACUCACUCCUCUGGGCCUUCUGGCAAGCUCUCCUGCCUUCCCCAUAAAGUGCUGAUGGCUCCCCUGCUCCUCACUCCUAAUCAAAGGACGGUUUCUAUGGACCUGCAUUUAUUCUCCUCUGUUGAGAUGAAAGGUAGCUUGGGACAGUGGAAAGAGAGCUGGCCUCAGAGAGGCCAAGACAGGAUGAAGUCCUGCCUCUGACACAUACUGUCUGUGUGACCCUGGGCAAGUCACUUCAUUUUUCAGUGGCCUAGGCAACUCUUUAAGACUAUAUAUUGGGUAGUUUCCUUACAAGGAGUUCUCUGUACCAAGGAAAGAAUAGAUCUUUGUAAAAAAGGAAAAUCUACCAAAAAUGAAUGUAUGUAGGCAUGGUGCAUUUUUGUUUGAGGUAAAUAUAGGACAAAUGUGGGGCAAUAGUGUCAUUCAUUGUUGGGCUACUUGCCAGCAUUGUAAUGAGGAAUUCAUUAUUAGUAGGGCAUGUGGGUAGAAGGAGAAGGCAAGACUGGGGAUAGGAAACAUAGGAUUUUAAGAACUGUGUUAGCAGGGUUGAGGGAAAAAAAAAUCCUGACCAGAUGUUACUGUUCUGGAGAGGCAAACAGUUGCCCCUGGAGUAUUGAUUAACCAGGGGUUAUUCAUUACUGGGCUAAUAUAGCAAUGAUCACCAUCUUGGACACUCUGGCACAGGCAAACAGGCCAGAAGCUUGGUAAAAAAUGACCAGCUUUGUAGAGUUGAUUAAACAUAAGUGAAUUACAGAGAAGCUGGGGCUGUAAAUGAAUUGCUGAAGGCUAUUAACAUUCCAGGCUUUCAUUUGCUAGUCAUUUGCAUAGAGUCUGGUGAAAAUAAUGAUAAUUCUAUACUCCAUCCCUGUAUGAGGGGUAGAGUUGAUGAAGCCUUGGGAGAGGAGAAUUCUUUCUUUUUCUAGCUUCUAGCUUCCGGAGAGGACACAUAUGGGUCUCGACUUCCUUCAGGGAGAUAUCCCUGGAGGAAAUGUGCAGUUCCUGUUUUGAAUUUUAUCAUUAAUUUUAUUACCAAAACUGAAAUGUUAAAUAUAGCUAGAUUUCGAAAUUAUGGGGUUCAACUUCAAUUCUCUGAACAGAUAAUGGAAUAUUCCACCAAAAUGAAAUGGAAAAGCAUUUAUUAAGCAUUAUGCAAUGUGCCAAGCACUGUGCUAAGAUAUAAAUAGUAGAGCGAGACAGUCUCUGCACUAAAGAAUCCCAUAUUCUAAAAAUGAGCAACAACAUACAUAGCAGGGCAAAUGGAAGGCCCAGGGGUUCUUAGGAUGCAGCGGCAGAGUAGAUGAUAAGGGUCAAGAGUCCUUAGAGGGCAAUGUCAGGUCAGAUGGCAAUGGCCAAGGGUCCAGAAUGCAUAGUGGCAGGGCAGAUGGUAUGGUAAAUCUCAGUGGACCUUACGGAGCAAUAAAAGGCCCAGUGGCAAAGCCCAGUAGGCUACCAUCUUGUCAGAAGAAUUGAGUUGGUGAUAUCCUGCUUAGCCAAGGAAUGUGAACAGCCAAGUUCCUGAUCAACGACUGUUCAGAGUGGGGUAGUAGGUCUGAGUGUUGGAAUGAAGUGGGAGGGGGAUGGGAAUGUGAGGAAUUAGCAUUGAGCAUUUGGCAAAAUGGGGUAAUGGAGUCUGGGAUAGGGGAGCCAGAAGGACUCUCCACUGACCUAUUCCUAAUGGGACCUUGGGCAGUGCAUUGGAUUGGGGGGGGUAGGGUAGGGUAGGAAGACUGGGUUGAGGGAAGGUCCUCAGUUCCUUCAGGAUCUGCUUCUGUAGAUUGUAAUGUAUUUAGGGGUAAAACUGUGUUAGAAAUUUCACGAAAUAAAUGUGGGAAAUAAAGACUUAUUUGGCAGUUUAGAUUUUUGAAACUGCUUAGAAAUGAUGCUUUGCUUGAUGCUAAGUGAGAGGCCAUUACCUCUGUCCUACCAAAUGCAUACUAUGGUAUUCCUUUGUAUUGCUAAAGGAUGAUGUUUGCCUGAUGAUAUUGAUUAAUCUUCUUUUGUAA